AUGGCUACCAACACAAUGAAAUUCCCUCUUGUUGUGCUUGUGCAGCAAGAACUGGCAAACUUAACUGCAGGAGAGAGUAGCAUGAGUCAUGCCGGUGCUGCACUAGAGGAGGUGGCUGAAACCGAUUGGCCGCAUGAAAAUGCUACUGCAGAGGAGGUGGAGGUGCAGCCCGUGGUCGAACAACAAGAUGAGUAUGAAAUUGAAGGAAUUGGUGGUGACAUGACUGCUGAUCAGGGCGAGUUGGAUGAGGCGAUAGUUGAUGAAAUGGAGGUAGAUGACGAUGAGUACAGAACCUUUGUUGAAGGUCGAGAUACUCGACUAUUCGACAAUGAUGAUACCGUUCCCGAGGAUUGGGGCAACUUUGACAUGGAUGGGCUCACACUUAAUGAUGGUCAUGACAGUAACUGGGUGUACAAUAAAAUCGAGAUCCAAAGCGGACAACUGUUUCACGAUAAAAAGCACUUGCAACAUGUAGUUAAGAAAUGGUCUUUCAUGGAAAUGAAACCAUUCAAGGUGGUUAUUUCAAAUCCAACCACAUAUGAUGUCAAGUGCCUGUCCCCUGGAUGUCCAUGGCGGGUUCAUGGUUACCUGCUGAAGGGGGAGAAUAAUUUUGUGGCUUCUAUCGUCGUUGGGCACUCGUGCAAGCUUUCAGAAACCGUUGUGAAGCAUAGAAACAUGACAGCUGAGUUUGUGGCCACUGUGAUGUACGAAGAAAUUGUGAAGAAGACUUCUAUAUCUCCAUUUCAGAUCAUGCUUGCAAUUUCCAAUAGAUUGUCCUAUGAAAUAUCUUAUGACAUGGCAUGGCGAGCAAAGCAGAAGGCGCUCGAGUGGAGGUUUGGCUCGUACAAUGAUUCAUACCACCACCUACCACAACUACUGGCUCUACUACAGAGUAGGAAUCCAGAAACUAUAAUUGAUAUUGAUGACUAUCAGGAUGCAAAUGGUGACAGGGUGCUUAGAAUGUAUAAAGGGCAGCUGCUCACCUGCAUUGGGGUCGACGCAAACGACAAGGUUGUCCCGAUUGCCUUUGCUUUUGUGGAAUCUGAGAACGCUGAAAGCUGGAAGGUCGCAACGUUGAUGUUUCGUGGCCAGACCUGCAUAGUCGAUGGUGCAUGA